AUGUCUACAUGCUUAACAGUUACUAAAGGUAUUGCUAUUUCCUCGCUAGGGUUAUAUGCGGGUAUCGUGAGUGCGGGCACACUACUGGUUGUGAACGACAGAGUCACUCCAACCAAUGAUUCCAAGCACGACUUGGUCAGGACGUUGCUGUGCAAAGUGGGCACUGGUCUAAACGUUGUUGCGACUGUUGUCUUUGGUCUGGUAUACUUCAGCUCGCCCGGGUAUGCUAGACACCCAUACCUGGUCUACGCGGCACUAACAGGGCCUGCCACAUCGCUAUACAUGUUCCUGUCCAAGAGAUACUGGUUGAAGCAACUCCGCAACUUGAAGGAGACCAAGAUCACCGAUGAGAAGCACAGCCCUCCACCAGUAGGCCAAGAUGCAGCCCAGACUUCAGACAAAGCAGAGAUAUCCUAUGCAGCAGCAGCAGCAGUUGGUGCAGAGAACGGUGGAGAACUAAGCGAGAGUGUGGUUGAUCUCGGUAUUGAGAAGACCAUUGCACAAGCCGAGAAGGACUUUGAGAAGCAGAAGGCCGACGAAGUUGUCAGGAGAGAGACCCAGUCUAUCAAGGUACGUGCUGUAGCUACAGCUGUCAUUGCUACAGUAGGAUUCAUUCAAUCAGUGAUUGGUGUUUCUGGCGAACAUUUAUAG